UCAAGAGUAUCCGUUCAGAGACACUAUGGGCAAUCACAGAGGGGUGUAAGUAUCUACACAAACUGCACUUCUUUAACCUCAGAGGAAUUUCUCCCAUCUCCACCAUGCUGAUGAAAUGAAGGCUCCUCCAGGCAUGCGGGCGAAUAGAACUGUACUGCACAUCCUUCUUGUGGUGCUCUCUCUGGAUCACUGUCAGGUUUAUGGUUUUUCUUCACUUCCAGGAGACAUGACUGUGAACUGUACUGUUGAACUUCUGGUUACAAGAGGUUACAGAUACCCGGGAAAACCUGGGGACUCCCUCAGUAUAGAGUGUCCAGUGAAGUACUGCACAGAAAAGCCGGCCAUGAACUGGUGCAAGAUACAGGAGAUGCACUGCUCACUUUUGAAAGAUGGGCCAACCAGACAUACAGCCUGGAAAGACGGGAAUGUGUUUGUUCUGAACUUUGUACCUGUUCAUAAGAACCACAGUGGAUUAUAUCGUUGUCAAGCUACUGUGGGAAGUUUAAGGAGUGAGAGCCAUGCAGUAGAAGUUCUUGUUCAAGAAGUGACUACAAAUGCCCCUACAAAUCCACUAUCAAAGCAAUUUGCAGGUGCCACUAAUGUCACAGAAGCUCCUCAAGGACCUAGCAGCAACAAUAAGAAGUGGAUUAUUUAUGCCCUAUCAUCUCUGGGGGCAUUGUGUCUCCUCAUCCUUAUCUGCUUAUGCCUGUUGUGUUGUCUGCGGUGGCACUCAGUGAAACCCAAGACAACCCCAGUAACCUCACAGAAGGAAAUGAACAUGGUCAGCAGAGCUACAUGUGCUCCAUACCACACCGAUAGGACCACGCAUGCCCCCAGUGAAGGAUCGACACUUUACUAUUGCUCCAUGGCUAGCCUGCAGCAGCCAUUGGAUGACAGCACAAUUUAUGAUAAUCAUGUCCCUCACUGGAAUGGUAGCAGGGCAGCAACUGGCAAUGCCUGUGACAGUGCUGCUGUUGAUUCCUACCAGCCCUCAUCUGAGAGCGAAGAUGUCCUUGUUUAUGCUUCAUUAAACCAUUCUAGUAUUAUAGAAAAGCUCCCGAGAAAGGAGCAGAAUGUGGAAAUUGAACUUACAGAAUAUGCCACCGUUUGUGUGAAGAAAUAGCCCUGGCAAUGACAUCUCUUUAACUCGGCCAGCACCGUAACGGUCCAUGUCCUGCAGUGACUCAAGCGUUACAGCAGGAACAUAAGUACACCUUCUUCUAAACAAAGAGGAAUUCUCAUCAAUAAAAGCAUACUGAUUCUUAUGAUAUGUUCUGGAAUUCACAUUUAAGCGAAGCCCAUGUUCGUGGUUGGAUAUUAGCAACCACAUGUUUGUUAUCUUCCACAUGGAUUCAUUUGAAGCUUUCAUAUUCCAGGAACGUCCCCUGCUCUGAUCAAGGCACUGCCCAGAACAAAGUCAGAGUUUGGACAGGAUCAAUAAAAACUGAAUAAUAAAGGUUAGGAGCAUUGGAAAAGAAAACAAAUUUAAAGGACAAUGAGCUCUAUUAGGUCCACUGGGGGAAAUUAUGAAUUAUUUUUGUUGAAGAAAAUUUUUGACAAUAAGAAUUUUGCUUGAAGAACAUAUUUAAGCAUAAGACUUAUGCACCACUGGGAGGUGUUCUGUGACUAUGAAGAACAUAUUAACCUGCUACUAACUAAAAAGCAAGCUAAUGGGUUUUUUUUGUUUUUGUUCUCAACCAGCAGCCUAUCCCCAUCAGUGUAGGUAGGGUUAUCUAGACAGUAUGAAAAAAAAUAUAAAAGAAAGAGAUCAUAUUUGCAAUGACAGACAAAAAAAUAACUAUGUGAGGUUAAAGAGGCAACAAAGAGGAGGAAUGUAUUGAUAAACUGCAGGAUACACAAACAGGGUAAUAGAUGCAUACAUUAAUUUAUGCAUUUACAGAUAAACAGAUGUCGUGUUGAUAAGACUCAUUACAGAUGCAUGGAUGGCUCAGUCUGUUCAGAUGGAAGCAUAGACUAUAGGUCAGGGUUUCUCAAACUGGGGUUUAGGACCCCUCAGGGAGUCACAAAGUUAUUAUAUGGGGGGUCGUGAGCUGUCAGCCUCCACCCAAAACCCCGCUUUUUAUCCAGCAUUUAUCAUGGUGUUAAAUAUCUAAAAAAGCGUUUUUAAUUUUUUUGGGGGGAGGGGGCGGUUGCACUCAGAGUCUAGCUAUGUGAAAUGGGUCACCAGUACAAAAGUUUGAGAACCAGUGCUAUAGGUGAACAUGGAAUUCAUUUUUCUGUGGAAAAUUCAUUUCUGUGGAAUUCAUUUUUCUGUGGAAGCCAAACACCAGCAGUUUGCUGAAUGCUGCUGUUCAUCUUCUUACAUGUAAAAUGAACGGCCACCGUAUCACCCGAUUCUCACACAGCUCUACUAGCUUCCCAUUUAGUUUAUACCAACUGAUUUCCCCCCACCUCUGAUUUCAUGUUUAACUGUACUGUUUAUUUAUGUGGAGAGCCUGGGACAUGAUUGCAUGAAAGAUAUUACACAAGACCAAGAGGUAUUGUGCUGCUGAGGUGAUAAACAAACAGGAAAAAGGAGUAAGUGUAUAUCUACACAGCAAAGAAAAACCUGUGGCUGGCUCGUGCCAGCCAACUCAGGCUAUGGGGCUGUUUCAUUGCUGUGUAGACUUCCAGGCUCAGGCUGGAGCCUGAGCUCUGGGACCCUCCCACCUUGCAGACAUAGCCUAAGUGUCAGUUUAUUUAUUUCCUAUAAAUAUUUCAUUUGUGAACAGGCUGAUUUUUUAUUUAUUCACUUUUCCAUAACUAUUUGAUUAACAGUGUAUGUGGUCAAAUUUCAGCGUAUAGGUUGUUCACAAAUCGUUCCCUUAAAACAGUGUUUCCCAAACUUGGGACCCUGCUUGUUCAGGGAAAGCCCCUGGCUGGCCGGGCCGGUUUGUUUACCUGCCGCGUCCGGAGGUUCGGCCGAUCGCAGCUCCCACUGGCUGCGGUUCGCCGCUCCAGGCCAACGGGGGCUGCGGGAAGUGGCGCAGGCCGAGGGACAUACUGGCCACUGCUUCCCGCAGCCCCCAUUGGCCUGGAGCAGCGAACCAUGGCCAGUGGGAGCCGCGAUCGGCAGAACCUCCGGACGCGGCAGGUAAACAAACCGGCCCGGCUUUCCCUGAACAAGCGGGGUCCCAAGUUUGGGAAACAUUGCCUUAAAGUAUUCAUAAUUGGCUUUCCUGGGAUUCUGAUUGGUUAUUUAAGUCACAUGAUACUGCUUUUGUUCGCCGACUAAAAGAUGGAACUUUUUUGAACAGGAUAACAAUGAAUGAUGAGGAAUGAAUGUUCUUACUCAGGCUUGAUCAGCUUUUAUUGGCAAGUAAGUGUGGGUAAGUAGCGUACAAACAGCUUUUCUCCAAACACUGGCACAAACAAAAAGCCAUUCAUGUCAAACUUUGUGAAUACAAAGGGGACACCAGAAUGCCAUUUUAAAUUUGAAAGAAUGCUUGCAACUUUGGUUUACGCCAUUUGAUCAGCUCUUGCUUGGAUACCAUGCAUCUGGUGCUGCAAAAAAUGUACUUAGGAAGAAAAUUACUCAUAGCAAUAUUCGUAUCAACAGAUUAGUGCUGCAACAAUGAGAGUCUUCUAGCUUGGUUAAAAUUCAGACCACAAUUCAAAAGGAAGGAUGUACUACUUCUAUCGUUCGCAGGGUGCAAGUAACAUACCAGAUGAUUUGUGCUCAAGUUAAUGGAAAAGAGAAAUGCUUGUAUCUUAUCUCUGUACUAUGUCAACUAGCACCACAGAUAUUAAUAGAUUCUUGAUCAUUCUUUUCCAUUGCUAAUAAAGAAUAUUUAUUAUUCUUAUGGUA